UUCAGAAGAUCGUCAGAAAGAGGCGAGUACUGAACGGAGAAGGAAGUGGUGAUAGUAUAGAAGCUGCCUGCUGUAACGUUCACUUAUUGACGGAUAACGUUUAGGGGAGGAUAAGGAACCUGUCAGGAUGGUUAAUAUUUGCGGGAAAAACAUAUCUAUGGAACUAUGCGUGUUGAGUUUCUUACUGGUGUUGUCGAUAGCCGGAAUAAUGGCCGGAAUUGCUGUGUUACAAGUUGACGGGUUCUCGGAGAAAUCUAUGAUCAUACUGUGUGUCAGUGGUAUCAUUUGGGCGUUCGUUUUGUUCUGUCUGAAACUGUCACUGAAGACAUACUCUACGGCCACUCCUUCCUCAGGCACCUCAAGCCCUCAAAGCGAUCCUCCGCCCGAUUACCGCAACACCUGGAGACUCGAGUACAUCAAGAAGAGCCCUGACAGCUUGAGGGAAGAACUGGAAGGUACAAUAACCCCCCCAAAUAAAGUUGUCGUUCCCAGAAGAAAUAUAAACUCCAUCUGGACAUCCUCUUCAGAAGUUGGAGUCCACGGCGCCACAAGUCCCACGGCCGACACUGUGUACGUUAUAAGUGAGGGUGGUAGUUCUUCAGGUGGUUAUGUGACUCCAAAAGGCAGACAACCUUUCCUGUUUACAUCUGGGAUAACUGAAAUCCAUAUAAGACCUGGCAGAGCGUAUACCCUUCCCGCGAACCUCCCCUCCACCAGUCAGUCGUCCUCUCAGCAAGGCACCGGCGCUACUGUGAUUCCUGGUAGCUCCUUGCCCCUCGCUGUUCCUACUGACUACGACGAAAGUCUCCCACGGUAUCAAGACUUAGGGCUGGCGUGAGUGGCCGACCUAUUGAGUCAUAUAUAGUUGUACAGUAAAUCAUUAUCCAUCAAUUCACCAAAAUAACCAUCCAUCAUCAUCCAUUGUUGUACAGUAAAUCAUUAUCCAUCAAUUCACCCAAUAACCAUCCAUCAUCAUCCAUUGUUGUACAGUAAAUCAUUAUCCAUCAAUUCACCCAAUAACCAUCCAUCAUCAUCCAAUGUUGUUUUAAUCUCUCCUAAGAAUCGCUGUUGGAAAUUUAGUCACUUCAAAUAAUACUAAGAAACAGCAUCGCGAUAAGAAUCUGACCCGGUGAACUAAAUUGUGUUAAUAUCAAGACUCAAGACAUUACUUCAAAUCCCAUAAGUAGAAUAAUUGUGUCUGUAUUAUUAAACGAUAACAACACUCGCUGUCUCCCCCUCCCCCCCGUCGACUAAGAGGCCUAUCGUGAUCAGUUUUUCCUUUGUGAGAUUUUUCUUAUUUUAUACGAGUAGUUUACAUUUUUUUUAUACGAGUAUUUUACAUGUUUGAGGUAGUUCAACUUUUGAGUUUAUUAACCCGACCGUUUUUUUAGGUGAUAGUACAUACUAGGGCCCUUAACGACAAGUGUCAGUACAUACUAGGGCCCUUAACGACAAGUGUCAUUUGCAUUGGUCGUCCCUGAUAACCGGAGAGGCAUGUCCCCCCCCCCCCCUGGUGACCCUGACUGGGGGGGUCAAGUCUUCUCAUUUAUCGAGUUAACAAGAACCACUGAAUCAGGUAGUUUGAUAGUAACAAUUCUCACGAGACGAGAUAAUGGCUAAGUCCCUAUACUGAAUCACUUAUACUUGUUGAGACUAUAUAGUGAUUAACUAAACUAAUAUAAGUGAUUAAAUAGAAGAGUAAUAGGUAACAAACACCAACGUUCACUCAACCAUCAGUAAUUGAAACUUUUGAUGAUGAAAAAUAUUACUUUCUUAAAUAUUUUUUUAUAAUUGUUGUCUUAUCUCUCUCCUCAUUUAAUGGUAUGUGCUUAAUGACCCUAGUUGUUGAAGUAGGGACAUUCAUUUAUACAGUACAAGAAGUUAUUGAUGGUAUACAAGUCAUUAACGAUGAAAAACAUUUAAUUAAAAUUUAUAAGAUGUUAAAAUUUAAUAUUAUGGUACACAUUAUAUAUUUUUUGUAUAUCCCCAAAGUUUUUAACAUGACUGAGACAAUAUCAGUGUUUUAGAUGCUGUUAAUUCUUAGUGUUAAUGUAUGUAAAUAUUUAUAUAUGUUGUAUUGUGCAAUUUAUUGAACCAAAGGCAUGUUUUAUAAUUUUUAUAAACAUUUACCAAAAAUAAAUACUUAAAUUUC